GCGAGUCGAGGCGCCCGGUGGGGCGCACUUGUCUCCUUUUGUAAAAGAUGCGCCGGGCACCCGCUCAGGUGAGUUGACCGCCAGCGGGAAGAGGCGGGAGCCCGCGGGGCGAGUGGAGCCGGCCCCUCCCCCGGCGCCUCCGAUAGCUGGGUCAGGACGCCCCGGCCGCGGCGCUGGACCUUGGGACUCGGAAGCUCCCGGACUACUGCCCGCCCGCCGCUUCGCUCCCGACCACCCCGCCAGCAGGUCCCAGGUCACCGACGGCAGAGAGACCAGCGCCGCGAAAACAGAAACAAAACCUGAGAAAUGCCUCAUUCCAUAAAUAGAGAAAUGAUACUUGGCAUUGUGGUGGGAACUGCCGGAAUCAGCUUGCUGCUUUUGUGGUAUCACAAGGUUCGUAAACCAAGGACAGCAGUGGAUUUACCUAAAUUUCUUUCUCUGGGUAAUUCACUUGAUUUGAUGACUUUGCAAGAUGAAAUGCCUAGUGGCCAAGGAACAACAGCGAUCUUUCAAGGAAGGCAGCUUCAGAUACUGGAGAAGUUAAAUGAAUUACUGACAAAUAUGGAAGAACUCAAAGAGGAAAUCAGAGUUCUUAAAGAAGCCAUUCCAAAGCUGGAGGAGUAUAUACAAGGUGAACUUGGAGGGAAGGUAACUGUUCACAAAAUAAGCCCUCAGCACAGAGCUAGAAAAAGAAGGCUUGCCACAGUUCAGAGUUCAGCAACCAGUAAUAGUUCAGAGGAAGCGGAAAGUGAGGGAGGGUAUGUUACAGCUAAUACUGACACCGAAGAACAGAGUUUUCCAGUCCCUAAGGCAUUUAACACUCAUGUGGAGGAAUUAAAUUUAGAUGCCCUUAUUCAGAUGGCUGAUAAUUUACGAGUGAAUGAGUCCAGAAAAGUGGAGAGUUUUGAGCUGCUUUGUGACCACAAAGAAAAGUUUAGAGAUGAAAUAGAGUUUAUUUGGCGGUUUGCUCGUGCUUAUGGAGACAUGUAUGAGCUAUCUACAAAUACACAAGAAAAGAAGCAUUACGCUAAUAUUGGAAAGACAUUAGGUGAAAAAGCUAUUACGAGAGCACCCAAGAAUGGAUAUUGUCAUCUAUGGUAUGCAGUUUUGUGUGGCUAUGUAUCUGAGUUUGAGGGCUUACAAAACAAAAUUAACUACGGAUAUCGCUUCAAGGAACAUCUAGAUAAAGCAAUCGAAUUUUUACCUGAAGAACCCUUUUUGUAUUACCUCAAGGGAAGAUACUGUUAUGCUGUCUCAAAACUGAGCUGGAUUGAGAGAAAAAUGGCUGCUACUCUGUUUGGAAAUAUACCAUCCUCAACUGUACAAGAAGCUUUGCAAAAUUUCCUCAAGGUUGAAGAACUACAGCCUGCAUUUUCUAAGUCCAAUUACAUGUUCAUGGCCAAGUGUUAUGCUGAUCUUAAUCAAAUCGACGACGCUGUGAAGUUCUGUAAUUUGGCGGUGUUGCUUCCUUGUAUUACCAAAGAGCUUGAACAUCUGGAAGUUCACGAUUCACGUAUUAUUGAAGCCUGGCUUGAAGAAUUUUGAGCAUUACUUUACUAGCGCGUGAGGAUAAAGAUGCUCAGAAAGAGGUGAAAAAAAUAAGCACUUCCUUGAAGAGGUAAAUAAAAGAACUUGCUCUUCAACAAAUCAGAUGUGGUCUACUAAAAAUUUAAUCAAAGUUGUGUGUUUUUUUUUAUGAUCCUUUUUUCUUUUUUGAUGUAAGGGCAGUGUGCUCAGAUCUGAAGGUAAAAUCAUGUUUCUGCAGUAUGCAUUCCACUGGUAGCACUAUAAAACUAAUUAUGUUAUUUGGAGAAAUCUAUUUCCUAUAAUGUCACUACUUAAACAUGUAUGCUUUAUAGUUUUCCUAUAAAUAAUGAACUAUAGUCUUCAGAAUAUUUCCUUAAAUAAAAUAUUUAAAUCAAUUC